CGGCUGCAGUUGUUCCUGCGAUGCACUACCUGCAGACGAUUCUACCUACUCCGCUCUCUUCUUCGUUCUUCUCUUCUCCCCUUGUCUCUGUUCUUCUCUUACGCUUACGAACUCCAAUAACUGACUCUCUGAACCGAAAUAACCGAAAUCCGCUCCCUGAGAAAGAUCCAAAUGAGGGAUCCGAAUCUGGAGUUGCAGGAAUCGGGUUGGGAGGAACUGCGUAAGGAAGCGCGCAAGAUCGAGGGCGAUCUCGACGUCAAACUCUCUUCCUACGCCAAACUCGGCGGCCGCUUCACGCAAACAGGUCAUGUGGAUGGUGGUUCACCACCUCUUGGGUCCAGUAGGUCUUGGAAGUCCAUGGAAAUGGAAAUCCAGUCUUUGCUGGAGAAACUGUUGGACAUAAAUGAUUCAAUGAGUAGAUGUGCUGCAUCUGCCGGACCGGCUACUUCUGUAACUCAAAAGUUGGCUAGGCACAGAGACAUUCUUCAUGAGUUUACCCAGGAAUUUAGGCGUAUCAAAGGGAACAUAAACUCAAUGAGGGAACAUGCAGAGCUUUUGAGUUCUGUCAGGGAUGAUAUUACCGACUUUAAGACAUCGGGCAGUAUGUCACCAAGGAUGCAGUUGCUACGGGAGAGGGCUGCCAUCCAUGGAAAUAUAUCUCAUAUGGAUGAUGUGAUUAGUCAAGCUCAAGCAACAAGAGCUGUGUUGGGUUCUCAGAGAGCCUUGUUUACUGAUGUUCAAGGGAAAGUGAAAGGUCUUGGUGACAAGUUCCCCAUGAUUCAAAGCCUUCUUGGUUCAAUAAGAAGGCGGCGUUCAAGGGAUACUCUUAUUCUGUCAGCAGUAAUUGCUGCUUGUACGUUGUUUCUCAUCAUUUAUUGGCUUUCAAAGUGACCAAAAUAUUCUGUAACGCAAUAUGAAUUAUGUGUUUCUGGAAAAUAUAGAACUAAAAUCCACAUGAAGAAGCUGACUUGAUGCUAUUUAUGGAGAAUCAGGACACGUGGUCCUGCAGUAUUUUGAAGCAGGAAAGAGAUGAAGGACGCUAGGUUUCAUUUCAUGUCGAGUAAGACAUGCCUAAGCAGCCAAGGAAGGCACAAAAGCUUGAGGAAGGAGAUCAGGUACAUCUCUCUCUCUCUAAUCUAUGGUUGUAGUGUUGUAGGUUAGAGCAGUAGGGUUCUUAGGUAGUUUUGUAUGGUAAUGGUAGAUGAGGACCAACUACGCAUGUACGUUGUUGUUUGACAGUAGGGCCGUACAAAGUUCCAGGGGAACAUAAAUGUCAAAACAGUGAUUGCUCCAUAAAUGUCAUCUUUAUUGGAUUUCUACCCACACAUAGUGUGAGAGAGUGAGAAAGAAAGACAGAGUCGCUCCAUGUGUGUAUGUAUUCCACGAGGAACGUGUUGGGAUAUUUUU